UCUGUGAAAACGUAGGUUUGUUAAGAGACCAACAUGUGCUCUCCUGCCAGUUCCAAAAUCCUAUAUAGGAAUCCCCGGUUUCUGCGGUUGGCUUUUGUGCAGCUUCAUCACCAGCAACAGAGCGGUGUGUUCUGCGAUGUCCUUCUACAGGCGGAAGGUGAGGCAGUUCCAGCCCAUUGCUGCAUCCUGUCAGCCUGCAGCCCCUUCUUCACAGAGCGCCUGCAGCGGGAGAGGCCAGCUCAGGGUCGGAAGGUGGUCCUGGAGUUGGGGGGCUUGAAGAUCAGGACACUCAGGAAGCUGGUGGACUUCUUGUAUACCUCAGAGAUGGAAGUAUCUCGAGAAGAAGCCCAGGAUGUGCUUUCUGCUGCCCGUCAGCUCCGUGUCUCUGAGCUAGAAUCCCUUCAGCUAGAGGGUGGGAAGUUGGUGAAGGCCCCCCCGGGCCGAAGACUGAACCGGGAGUGCUUACAACCUCCAAGUCCUGCACCAAUCUCUGCCAGGGUGCUGGCAUCCACCCGCCGCCCUCGGACUCCACUGCCUGUGACCCAGACUCCUUGUCCUCUUGGACUAGUGAGAUUGAAGUCCUUGGGAAAGGAGGAGGGGCCCCUGGAGAAAAGCAACCAACAGAACACAGAGAACUCGUCUGGCAAUCUUCUGCUCAAGAGGAAGGCCAGAGCUUGCCCAACUCCACAAGAAAAAAGCUCUUCACCAUCAAGCCACAGUCAGGGACCUAAAGAGAACAAGAGCGACUCUGCCCUUGCUCCUACAGCAGUUUCCCCGCCUGGUAUGUACCCCUCUGUGGAUGAGCGACUAUUGCCCAGAAAGAUCAGGCUGAGUCGCUCAAAACCAUCUCCUGAUGUCUGUACAUCCAAGCCUUCCAGCACUGUGAGCGGACCCAGCUCAGUACCGACAGCCCCUGGCCGGCGUCUUUGGCGGCAGAAGAGUAUAAAUAAAGGACCAGAAGACAAGGAGAAGCCAGGGAGAGCUAGUCCUCUCCAAAGCAUCCCAAGCCCAUCUGGUCUUGGAAACACAGGUGGGAACAAGAAGCGGAGCCCUGAAGUCAGGGCACCAAACUCAGACUCUGCAGAGGAGGGGCAGGUUGGAAGGGUGAAACUUCGGAAGAUUGUCAACGGGACGUGCUGGGAGGUGGUACAAGAGCCUCCCCUCAAAAACUCUCAAGAGAGCCCUCAGAUCCCAGAACCUGAAAGCUCCGAAGAGCCUGCAGGGACGCAGCCAUCCUCCGUGAACCAGCAGGAAAUGUUAUCUGCCCGAGUAGAUCUGUGUCAGGACUCCCCCGUGUGCUCCAGGCUACAAGAUCUCCUGCUCUCUGCUAGCCACUCCCCAGACCACCCAGUGGCAAAGUCUGAGUUUGGGUCCAGUCCAGAGCCGGUAGGGAAGGAGCCCGGGUUGGAUAUGGACUGCAGAGAGCACUACGCGUUUGACACAGCCCUGCUGGGGCAGCCGUGCGAGGCUGAGGAGUACCGCAUCACCAGUGCCGCUGCCACCAGUGAGCUGGAGGAGAUCCUGGACUUCAUGCUGUGUGGCUCAGACAUUGAGCCCCGCACAGGGUCUCUGGAGAGUCCUGGAGCCGAGGGCUGCAGGACCCCUAAUUAUCACCUGGCAGAUACAGGAAAGAACUGGAUCGAAGGGGAGGAAUGGUGUCUGCCAGACAUGGAACUCUGGCCCAGGGAGCUCACAGGAUUGGAAAAGGAACCUGUUGGGGAGAACAAAGAGCCAACAGAGCCCUUUAGCCCCCUUGUCAUGCCCUCUGAGAACAAAGAGCCAGAUGAGUCCCUCAGCCCCCUUGUCAUGCCCUCUGAGGUGAGUGAAGAGGGGGUACUUUCAGUAGGAAGCCCUUGGACUCCGGAUCUGGAAAUUACCAGUUCCCAGCCACUGGAUGGUCAGAGAGAGAAGCUUCUCCACAUUGACUCUCUCGACGUUCCCCAAAGGUCCUAUGAGGAUCUCUCACCUCCCUGUUCAAACUGGAUGGACGCUAGGCCGGAAGUGUCCCUAAGUAUGGAUGAGGUAUUAUACCCUGCUCCAGAGGCAGGCAAGGAGGAACUUGGCAACUCCGGAUUGUUGGACCCACUUCCUGCCAGCUCGGAAGAGGAAGAGAUUGAUGUUGUGGACUGGACGUCAGAGGGGAGGCUGGUGCCCACGGGUAUUCCUUCUGUGUGGCCCGACCCUUCCUCAGAGUCAGACACAGAGGUAGACAUACUAACGUAGAACAGGUAGUGCAGGUUAGCGGCAGGGGGAGGGUGGGAAAUGUUGACUAGCAAAAGGUGUAUUGGUAGAGGCUAGCACAUGCCCUGUCCCCUUAGCAGGAGAGGCAGGUGUGCUCCCAGGUCUUGGUCGGUCCCUUCCUCUCCUCCCCAGGUUUUGGGAGCCAAGCAGAAGUAGUACCAUGGGUACAGAAUUAUGAACCUGAACCAUCUUAUUUCUUUGUAAUCUAUUUUCCAGUUAGUGAUAAACAAGUCAAACUAUAAACUGUGUGGUCCCCAAAUCUACUAGGUCAUAAAUAACCAACGCCAGGUAUCCUAAGUCAUAAGACCUCUAGUCACUGCUAGUUUAAUAAUAAAUCAGAAAAAAACACCCUCUGAAACAAAGCGUUUCAGAAGGUUCGAAACAGUGCUGGGGUGGGACAACUGGGUAAGAGUGACAGGACAUUUUCCAGUACCUACUGUGGGGCUUAUUCAAUCCAUUAUUGAAGUUCUAGUCAAACCUCUGCAGGGGCCAAAAAGAUAGAACUCCCAU